AUGCCGCCGGCCGCCGCUCCGAUGGACGACAUGGUGGAGGAGAUCCUCCUCCGCUUCCCGUCCGAAGACCCCGGGCGCCUCUUCCGCGCCUCCCUCGUCAGCAAGCCCUGGCGCAGCCUCCUCACAAGCUUCGCCUUCUCUCGCCGCUACCGCCAGUUCCACCGGACGCUGCCUUUGCUGGGAUUCUUCGUCAACAACAACUUCGGCGGCUCCCGGUUCUCCCCCUUAUCCCCAACUUCCCCAUUCCUCCCGUUCCGUUCCGACGGCCGUACGCUGGUCGUGGUCGACUCCCGCCACGGCCUCGUCCUCCUGAAAGUAAAUCUUCUCUGGGAGGGAGAAAACCCCACCCUCAUCGUAUGGGACCCCGUCGGCCGCCGUCAGUGGGAGCUUCCCCCUCCAGAUAUGGCGCACACCACCAAUACCUACAAUGACGCUGCAGUGCUCUGCGCCGCCGACGGCUGCGACCACCUCGGCUGCUCUGGCGGCCCCUUCCUCGUGGCCUACAUGCGCACCGAUCUCUACGGGGCUGUCUACGCAUCCGUCUUCUCUUCACAGACUCGUGCCUGGAGCCUCGUUACCUCGUGUCAGGGCCCUGGCGUUUAUUUCAGAAUCAUCAGUGGUAAGCUCAAAGCCUUUGUGGGGAACGCACUCUACUUCAUGUGUGAUCCUCCUCCUAUGACUACAAUACUGCGGUGCGACUUGGUCAGCCAGGAACUGUCAAUGAUCGACGGGCCGAACGUGAAGUGGGAUGAUUAUGUCCUCAUGACAACAGAUGACGGCGGGCUGGGAUCUUUGCGGCUGGAGUUGGUGUCUUUUUCUUGA